AUUGAAAUAAUUAAACAAGUGGUUCCAUGUUUUCAGAAACCAAAUCUUAACAAUUUUGAUUCAUCAUGAUGCCAAAUCAUCUUCCUUAUAAAUUACAUAAUCGGAUUUUAUGGUUUCGCUUACCUCUCUUGCAAUGGCUUUUGGAUUCUGAAUUUUCGAAAUUCUCAGUCGCCUUUUACGUUUGGUAGUGAAAAUUUUAAGCUGAUUAAAUCAAUCAAGAAGAGGAAUGGAUCAGACAACUGCUGUUAUGAAAGAUGCAUUAGAUCGAGUUACUAAGAAACAGAAGCUGCAUCACUCUGUUUCUCUUGAUGUUAUCGAUCUUGUUUGUGAUACAAUCCAAGAUACGUUGAGUCGAAUCCAAUUAGGUAACAACGAUGGAGUGGAACCUGAAUCUGUUCUCGCCGAGUUGAGGCAAAAGCUUGAUGCUCUUCUCCCUACUAUCCAGCUUAAGAGAUCACAAAAGGAAACAAAACUGGGUCUUGACAAGUUGGUGAAAACUUUUGAGAGUUUUUACCAUCGUGACAUAUCUCUAGCCUGCAGAAACAUUGGUUUCGAUAUCCGUUUAGUGAAUAAGAUACUUAUCCAGCAUUGUUACAGAGAAGGGUUGUUCGAGGUUGGUGACUGUUUGGUUAAGGAGGCUGGUGAAGAGGAAGAAACUGAGGUUAGAUCUCAGUCAGUUGAAAUCAAGCAAAUCAUUGAGUCAAUGAAGCUUAGAAACAUUGAGCCAGCAAUGAGAUGGGUCUCUGCCAACCGAGGAAAGCUCAAGGAAAAGAGUUCAGAGAUGGAGUUUAAACUUGUAAGUUUGAAGUACUGUAAUAUGUUGAGAGAAGGGAACCGUGAUGACGCUAUGAAGUAUGCAAGAACCCAUUUAACGAGAUACUGUUCAGGCCACCUACGAGAGAUACAAAAGCUUGUGACUUGUCAGAUAUGGAUUGGAAAACUUGACAAGUGUCCUUAUGCGGAGAUGGUUUCUCCAUCAUGUUGGGACAAGAUAACCAAAGAGCUCAUCAGGGAAUAUUACCAUCUCCUUGAUCAGCCGUCGAGAUCCCCGUUGACUGUGGCUUUAUCAGCGGGUUUAGAGAGCUUACCGACACUUUUAAAACUGGUUGACGUAAUGGCGCCUUUGAAGAAAGAAGAAUGGGAAGAGAUGAAACAGGUCCCGGUUCCUCUGGAGUUGGGGAAUGAGUUACAGUUUCACUCGGUUUUCGUUUGUCCAGUGAGUAGAGAUGAGAGCUGCAGCAAAGAGAACCCGCCAAUGAUGAUGAUGCCUUGCCGUCAUGUUAUUAGCAUGCAGUCAGUGAUUAGACUGAGCAAGAACUGUGCUUCCCGCAGAUUCAAAUGCCCUUAUUGUUCUGCACAGACCUCAUCCCCAGCAUGCAGACAGUUAUUCUUUUGAUAAAGAUUUUGGUCAUUUUGCUCGGAUUCAUGACUUGUUUCAUUCUUCAGCUCAAUAAAUUAUUAGAUGUGAAUAAAUAAAUAAAAAAAAUUCCAAUUGUUCCUUCA